AUGGCAAGUGUUUUUCCUUGUGUUGAUCCUAUUUCAAUGGGAACUGCAAAUUUUUCACAUAGAAGCUCAUUCAUUAGAGAUGGAAACAUAUCUCCUAGGGUUUCCUUUGAUUCGAAGGAAAACAGUGAUAAGGAAGCGAUAAACCAGCCUUCUGGGAAAGCCAUCAGAGCUCGUUCUCCAACUGUUAUCUCAAAGGGUGCAAAGAAUUUCAUGGCAUCCACCAUUUCUGCAGCAUCAAAGGUUGCUGCCCCAUCACCAAGAAAGCGAGUCUUGACUGAAAGAAAUGAAGGCCUUGAAUCUUCUCCAAUCCCUGCCAAUGUUGCAACUCCAGUUUCAGCUGGAGAGGCCCACUUCCUCUCUCUAAACCCUCCAGAUUUAGCAGAUAAAGUAUCAGAAAACAAGGUCCAGGAAUAUGCGGUGGCAAAUUAUCUGCAGUUCUCUGAAAAAAUGCCAGAAAACCAUCAGGACAAUGCUAAAAAAUGGAGUUCUGAAUUGGGUAAAGGCUCUAGACCACCUGAUAGCCAAAACCAUGACACGAGAUUCAACAAACUAAGAAAUCCAACUUCUGAGAAUGAUUCACCUUUCCCACCUUAUGAUCCAGAAACCAAUUAUAUCUCUCCAAGGCCCCAGUUCCUCCAUUACAGGCCCAAUCCUAGGCUUGAGAUUUAUCUUCGAUCAGAGAAAGGAGAGGGAGUGAGGCUUGAUAGUAGCUUCUCCUCUGAGAGUUGCUUGGAUAGCGAGCAUCAGCAAAAUGAGGAGACUUUCUCUUCACCUGAGAAGAGCUCUUCUUCUGAUGAGGAUUUUGCUCCACGUGAAACCAAACCAGCAGAAGAUCAUGGUUCCUCUCAAUCUGGUUCUGAACCAUUCAGGACACCAGAAGAAGAUGAUGAUUCUGCUAAAUCUGAAGGGCAGUUAAUGGAGAAACCAGAACCCAGGAAGGCCAAUAGUAAAGCGAUGAAAAGGUCUUCUUCUUCAAACUUGUUUAAAAAACUGGGGUCUCUGUCUCUUUUAUUGCUGAUUUUUACUUGUGCCUCUCUUUAUUUUGCAAAUCCUCCAACUCUUGUGUCUGUCUUUGGAAACUUACUGGAAACUAAUGUCCCUGAGUAUGUUACUGUGUCCAUGGCCAAGAUUUCAGAGUCUUUUAGCCCUACACUUGAAUUGAUGGCUGUGAAAUUUAGGAAGUGGUCUGAUAUUUGCUCCACUUAUGUGCAUACAAUAUUGUCUACCCAAAUGGAAGAAGAAAAAUGUCAUUUCAUAGGCAAUUUCAGUGACCCAUAUGAGGAUACCAGGGCUUCUGGACUCGUGAUAGAUGCUACCAGUAACAUAGAUUUUAAAGCAUAUAUAGCUGUUUUCCCCAGGAAAUUUGAAGAAGAAAAAAGUAUCCUAGAUCACGGAGAAAUAGCAGUGAUUGAAGGGGGAGAAGCUACCCAAAGGGAAGGAGAAGAAGAUGAUCUCUUGUCACAAUUUAUAGAACUAGAGGAAAGUAUCAGGGAAAUCGAACCCUUAUCAGACCAAACCCAUGACAUAGAUUUCAAAGCAAAGGUUGAGGGAGACAAGGGUAAACUGGAUGUUGAGGAAUGUGCUGAGAUUGACAAAGGAGAAGCUUCACAGUCUACAGUUGUGAUUGACUUGGAGAUGUCCCAACAGAUUGACCACACACCUGAGGAACCUGCUAUACCAGUGAAUGACGGUGGAAUGAAUGCUUGGUUGAUUACUGGAACAGAAGACUCUGAUACAGAAACAACCUUUGAAGAUGCUCCACAACCAGUAAAUGAACGUGGAAUGAAUACUGGAACAGAAGACUCUGUUUCAGAAACAACCAAUGAAGAUGCUCCACAAGCUGAUACACUAACCCAACUAGAAACCACUAAUGAACAGAUUGAGAAGGCUGAUGAAUCCACUGAAGAAUUUCCUGAAGAGAAAAUCAUUGCAGGACCAGUGGGUUCUAUGAAGUGGGAUUUGAAAGAAAAGUUUUCAACUCAAACUGCUAUCGGGUCAUUUAUGGGUGCUCUGAUGCUCCUGGUUGGAGUUGCUGCUUUGAAGUCCAACUCAAAGAAAACCCCAGCAAAUGAAGAGGCACCAAAGGUGACAUACCCGUUAGAGAAGAAGAUGAAUAAGUGUGAUUCCAUGACCGCAAGUAGUGAAAGUGACCCUACUUUCAGGAAUUCUUUUGAGGUUAAUAUGUUGGGGGAGUCUGGUCCAAUGGAGGCCAGCAGCAGUUCAGCUAGGAGCCUAUGUUAUAGCAAGCAAUCCACUAGAAAAGCAGCGGAGAAACUAGAGAAGAGUAUGAGCAAAUCAGGAAGCCAUCUUAACAGGGAGGCUGCUACUCUUUCUUCAGAGUAUUCUGCAGGUUCUCCUUCCUAUGGAAGCUUCACCACAUAUGAGAAGCUAUCCAGUAAACAGGGAGGUGGUAUUGAAGGUACAGUGACUCCUGUGAGGCGUUCAAACAGAAUCCGAAAGACACUGAUUUCUCCAUGAGCAGGAACUUUUUGACGUUUUAACUAAUUAUUUUUCAUUGACCUCACUAAGAAACUAAAUUCUUUUUUAUUUUUCUCGAUUUGCAUCUGUACUUUGUUUUGUUUCUCAUCAUUUGUACUCCGAGAAUUGUCUUCCACGUGGCCAAUGAGCAGCUCCACUCCGGCUGUUGCCCAGUUUUGCUUGUUGCCUUCGUUUUAUUGCGCUUUCUUUUCUUCCAGAAUGGGAAAUCACUUUCCUUUUUU